AAAUUCAUAUUUUUAAAAGAAUUUUAAAGCUUUAUAACAUAUUUUAUUAUGUCAUUAGGUAAAAAUAAAUUAAUUAAUAAUGCAAUUAAUAGAGCAUAUGCAUUAUUAGAUUACAAUGAUCAUAAUGAUAUGCACAAACGACAUGAAUUUCAAAAACAAACACUUCUUGAUGAUGAAUCACUUACAGAAAAUGAAAAAUCUGAAGCAAUAAGAAUAAUAACUAAACUUUAUGAUGAAGAAAAGAUUGUUUAUAAUGAAGGAACAAAAAGAAUUUGUAAAAAUUGUAACCAAAAAUGUUUAGCUACAACAUAUUGUGAACUUUGUGUUCGAAAUUAUUUAAAAGCAAAAUUUUCAAAUUGGACAUCUGGAAAUGAUAUGAUCAAUAAUUUAAUACAAGAAUGUCAAAUGAAAACACUUGCACCACAUCUAAUACCAGAAUGGAUUCCAUAUAAUAAUUUUAAAAAUAUUAAAUACCUAGCAAAAGGUGGAUUUUCAGAAAUUUAUACAGGAAAUUGGAUUAAUGGACAUUUUAUUGAAUGGGAUUCUAAAGAACAACAAUUAAAAAGAUAUGGAGAACAAAUAGUAGUACUUAAAAAAUUAGAAAAUGUUGAAAAUGCAAGUCAAAAUUGGUUUGAAGAGGAGAUCACAUUUAAAAAUAAGCAAUAUAUGGAAUGAAAUUGUUCAAUGUU